AUGGCAUCUGACUUGAGCAGCCGUGGGGAUACACAAUCGCUGUCUUACUCUUUCAAGGUCCCUUCACGUCACACAGCAACAGUACAAGUCACUGCACAACCAAAUAAACAUCCAACAAACGUAGGCAGUAACCUGAUUCUGCCUGAACAACCUCUCGAGGCUUUCGUCGACUUUCCAGUCUGCAGAGCCAAAGUCAGAGCGCCCGAGGAAUCUGGCUAUGCAGCAAUGUACGGAUGGAUCCAGAUGGUCCGCGAAGCUCCAUUAGAUUCCACGUCCCCAACCAAGAGAUCUGAUCUAUGGGAGCUAGACACAAUCCCAAUCCUAUCCGACGCCGAUAAUCCUUUUGUUUGGUUCGGACCUGAGCCGCAGCUGUUCGACGGUCCGUAUAGAGCCAACAGGACCGAUAUAGACUGGACCGCUUGGAGCUUCUUGACAUACAUCGAUGAUUGUGUCAUGACGAAGUGUGUAUGUCCGAUUCUGGUCUUCGAAUGGGGUUUCCAGAUCGAAGAUGGAAAUGUCACCAUCAAGGCUUUGAGGCGUGUUGAUGUACAUGAAGCUUGGGAGCAGCAGCGAGAGAUGCUGGAACAGAAGUUUGGGAGCUGGUCUUUCAAACCAGCGGACGAGGAUUUGGAGGUUAACGAGAUGCGCGGCCAAGCAGCUUGA